CUGAUCCGAUUGCGCUUACCUUUUGGACCCAGAGGGCCAGCGAGUUCAUAAGAAGGCACGCCAGGUAUCCUUCGUGCAAGCACCUUCCAUGGAAGAGGUAAGUCCAAGCUCCUCGUUUGCCUGGACUGCGAUCUUGCGAUCACUUUACUUGAGGAAACAUUUGAGCCGUCCAACCCAGUUGCCCUGAAGGGGACCAUUGGGUGUUGAAGUGAGUGAUCUUGGUGCGAUGAUAUUAGCGUGGGUGGUAUUCGCUCUCGUAGCCAGCAUGCUGGUCUGAUUGAGUAGGCCCUUAGUUGUUUCGGCUCAUGGGUCGCCAUUCUUUACAUAUAGGGCCGAACUCUUAGAACACUCCCAUCUGCUAGUUCGUUGAUCGUGAGGUGUCAUUGUACCAUGCUGCCUGUGGCAUUGGCUGUUCUGAUCAGCUGUGCACUUCCGUGUUGCCACGCCAUCAAGCGUACCGCCGAUGCGCUUGUUGACACAGAGAUGCCCUCCUCCGUCGACGAUGAGAUGCCUUCCGCUGAUUUCUCGGUUGACAGGGAGAUGCCUUGGACAGCUGUGUUUGAUGCCCCAGAAGAGGCAAAGUUGCUGUCUUGGUGGCACAAGGGAACCAGGUCCCAGUGGUUAGCCAGCCCGUCGUGGUUGGAUCGGAACGCAACAGCAAUUGUCACACACGCUGGGAAGAACAAUCAAGAGUUCAUCGAUAUGGCAGUGAUGUUGGGCAUCUCUUUAAAACGUCACGUGCCUGACUACCCCAGAAUCGCGAUGGGAGUCAUGGGGAUGACCCUCGAGAACCAGGCGGCUCUGAAGCAGGCUGGCUGGCACGUUGUAAUUGUUCCGGACUGGAGGGCCCCCGAGCAAGUAUCCGACCUUUGCGGUGACUCUUGCGUCGACGAGGCAUUCUUGCUCCGACACCAGGAUUCUCUGGAAAAGAUCAACGCCUUCAGACUCCCAGUCGGGCGUGUUCUUUUUCUGGAUGCAGACACGUACGUUGCGAGUGACAAGUUGAGUCACUUGUUGGAUUCCACUCAUCUUCCUGAAGGCACCAUUGGCAUGGUCCAGAAUGGGUGUAGGAACGAUUUCAAUUCUGGCGUCAUGCUUUUCAAGCCAGAUCUUAACAAGUACCAGAACAUGUUGACAGCAGUGGCGCAAGUCAUGGUUGGUAAUUCGACCAAGCAACAUGACGAGCGUAUCAUCAAUUUGGCGUACAAGGACCGCGUAACUGCGUUGGACAAGAAAUACAAUUGCAUGGACCGCACGGUGACGGGCGAUGCCACGUGUGAUCAGAGUUGCACAGAGGUGGUAGUAUCUCAUUUCACAGGUCUCCCGAAGCCAGCUAAGGCAGAUGAGAAAGUUCUCAGCAUUGUCCGGAAACCCUCUUCUCCACGCCUCCAUUGUUCCAGCACGAACCGCGGUUCGUGCGGCGUCUGGUCGGGUUUUUAUUGCGACCUCGUCGCCAGCAGGUCGUUGUUGACGAAGCCUUUGCAAGAUAAGCUUUCCAGCGCGGGCCCGUGUUGCCAAUCGCCAGCGCUCGAGGAUGACGCGUCGGACUGUCAAGAAUCUGAGGACGACGUCUCACCUCUGAGGCAAGGCCAGGAGUCGAGGGCGCAUCCCACUUCAAUGGUUCAAACAGCGAACUGAGCAAGGAUGCCGAGCGCCAGGAGCAAAUAGACAGAGCCGCCAGAGGCAAGUAGCAGAGCUGUCGCCAAGAGAAAAGAGCUUGCCUCCGAGCAGCCCCCUCCCACUCGGGGAUACCCUGGCCGAUGCAACAGCGCCAAUCGUUGUUGCUCAGCUUUCCUUCAGCAGUUUGAGAAGCCGGCCCAGCCUGCAGUCUCUUACUUGUAUUCGGGGCCGCACAUGCCAGGCUGGCUCGGCGUUUGCCCAAGAUGCGGCAGGAAAGGUGGCCCAGGCAUCUCUGGCUAAUCUUUCUGAACCCUCUCCCUCCUUGUAUUUUCCUCCUGGCUCUGCCCCCUCCUCCGCUCUCCUCCGAAGAGCAUGGAUGAGAGGGUGACAUCACCGACAUCUAACGGUGCGAGGGUGCCCCGCACGUGGAGGGCGCUGUCUGCUCUGAGGGGAA